CCCUCUGACGUCCCAGAGGGGCGGGCCUCGGGGCAGUUUGAAUGUCGGGCGCUCGGCGCUAGGCCCGCGGCUGCGAUGUCGGUGUUAAGGCCGCUAGACAAGCUGCCGGGCCUAAACACGGCCACCGUCUUGCUGGUGGGCACGGACGACGCUGUGCUGCAGCAGCUGGCGGACUCGAUGCUGCGGAAGAACUGCACCUCCGAGCUGAGGGUCCACCUAGCCGUGUCCCUCCCUCUGCCCUCCAGUCUGAGUCGGCCCCGGAUUGACCUGAUCGUGUUUGUGAUCAACCUUCACAGCAAAUACAGCCUCCAGAACGUGGAGAAGUCCCUGUGCCACGUGGACGCCAGCUACUUUCUGGGGAAGGUGUGCUUCCUCGCCACCGGCGCUGGGCGGGAGAGCCACUGCAGCGUCCACCAGGACACUGUCGCACGGCUGGCCCACACCUACCGAAGCCCCCUGCUCCUGUGUGACUUGGAGGUGGAGGAUUUCCGUGCCACCGUGGCGCAGCGCCUGGUCCGCAUGCUGCAGAUCUGUGCUGGCCACGUGCCCGGCGUCUCGGCCAUGAGCCUGCUGUCCCUGCUGAGGAGCUCCGAGAGCCCCUCCCUGGAGGACCUGUGAGGGCCUCUGGCCCCUGGGCUGCCCUGCAACAGAGGCCCAGCCCCUGUGUGCCCCAGCAGGCCGCACUCCCACACUCUCCCGCAGAACCUGGGUCUCCUCCAUGUGACAUGGCUUCCCAGAAGUUAUUUAAACCAAGGAGUCAUGGCUAAAAACAUUUGAAAAAUCGCAGUCAUCCACCACUGUGGCUCUGCAGGAGAGGACAGAGCGAUGGGUCGUGGGGUAAGGGGCGCACACACCCCACAUCCCGGCCCUGCUGCUGCAGCACCUGCUUGCUGCCUCUGGGAACCUCGGAUUCCCCAGGUGUGAUGGAGGUAUCACACUGGGGAUAAUUUUGGAUUAAUUUUGAGAAAUGGAGAGCGGUCUCCCACCUGGUGGUCCAUUUCCCGAAUGCCCACUAUGGCAUGGAGGCUGGACCAGGUCAGAGCCCAGAACGCAGUCCAUGCGGGUGGCAGGAUCCCAGCGAGUAGAGUCGGAGCCAGGGGUUGGACCCCAG